AUGAACAAGUGGAAGAGCCCCGUGCUCGGCAUCGACUUUACGAGCACCGGCAAGACUCGUCGCGCCCCAUCGCAGUUGCUCAAAGUGGGCUUGAACGACCCGUUGCACGGUCUCGAUGACUCGUCGGCGACGAAUCUUAUCCAAGGCCAAUGCUGCGGUGGCGGCUGCUGUCGUCUUCCAUCUGGUGCGCCGUCGCCCGCCAGGUCGCCUGCGCCGCUGAACCUCGAUAUCCCCGACAACGACGCGUUCCAGAGUCUCAAGCUCAAGUUGUCGCCGCUUUCGUCUCGCAGCAGGCUGUCUAGCAUCACGCCGCUGCCGGUGAAGAACAUCUCGAUUGAGUCGGUGCAGGAGCCCGAGGAGCACAAGUCGACGGCGUUCACUCACCCGCCGAAGUUCGUCACUCCGCACCCUCCGUACGAGGUGUUUGCGGCCAAGGUUAGCUGUACCCGCGAGUUGACCAGACCUGGCGCUCCCAAGCGGACCUACCACUUCGACCUCGAUGUCACCGAUUACCCCGAGGAGGCCGAGGGUGUCGACUUCCGUGUCGGUGGUGCGAUCGGUGUCCAGGCGCCCAACGAUUUCGAGAGCGUGGAUGCCAUCUUCGAUCUGUUGGAGAUUUCGCAGGAAGACCGGGAUGCUCCCGUCAUGUUGAAGACCGAGGGUGGCCGCUGGCCUACCAUCUGGGGGGAGGAGGAGCCUCGCACCCUGCUUACUACCCGCCGUGAGCUACUGACGUGGACCGUCGACAUUCAGUCUUACCCGCCGACCAAGAACCUCUUGCGUCUGCUGGCCGAGUAUGCGUCCGACGAGGACCAGAAGACGAUCCUCUUGUACCUCUGCUCCAAGCAGGGACAGGCCGCCUUUUGCGAACUGCGCACAGGCCCCUACGUUACACUGGAGCAGCUUCUCAAUGCGUUCCCCUCGUCGAAGCCCCCCUUCGACCACCUGUUGUGCAACCUCUCGACGUUGAUGCCCCGCUUCUACUCGCUCUCCAACGACCCCCACUUCUCGCGCGAUGCCUCCCACCGCCGCAUCAUCGAGAUCGCCGUCACCGUGCACGAGUCCUCGAUGCGCUGGCGCCCCGGCAACCGCACCGGCGUAGGCUCGGGCUUCUUCGAGCGGACCGCGCGCAAGAUCCUCGCAUCCCCCUCCUCGACCGAGACUUAUCACAUCCCGAUGUUCCGCGGUCUGAUGGCGAACCCACUGGCAAAGGAGUUCGUCGCCGACGGCCCCAUGCUGCUGAUCGGCGCGGGCGUCGGCAUCGCGCCGUUCCGCGGCUUCGUCCAGCGGCGCCUGCAGAACGCCAACUGCGUCAACAAGGUGUGGGUUCUGCAGGGCGUGCGCGACUCGCUCGUUGACGAGCUGUAUUCCGGCGAGUGGGGCGUCCACGACGAGCAGAUCAAGAAGGUCGUCGAGAGCCGUGUUGGCACGGGCAGAUACGUCCAGGACGAGGUCCGCGCGCAGGCCGAUCUGGUCUGGUUCGUUAUUAAUGCCCUGGAUGGAAGGGUUUUUGUUUGUGGAAGCAGUAAGGGAAUGGGCGAGGGCGUGGAGGAGGCGCUGGUGGAUGUGGCGAUGCUCAAAGGACGCCUCAGUAGGGAGGAGGCCGGAGAGUUCUGGAAGAAGAAGAGGGAGGGGUUGCAGUAUAUCGCUGAGACUUGGUGA